UCCAGCGUCGUCGAUGACGCCGGAACCUCGUCGCCGCCCGCUGUUCACCAUGUCGAUGGUGAAGAACAUAUAUAGCCGUCGAGACGAUUGACAUGGUUUAGGAGCGUCAGGCAUGACACUUGCUGGCCGUCUUCGACAUCAACUGCUGAACAACCCAUAACCAUGCGAUCGACCCUCGCCCUCUCUUUCGCCAUCACCGCGUCAUCUGCACUGGCCUCGCCCCUGCUCGACAUCAGGGACUCGCGGGGAAUCAGUAACACCACCGGCCUCCCUGCCAGUUUCAACCAGACCACCGGCGCGAGCAAUGCGACCGCGCUCAACUGCACGUCAUUCGUCAAGACGUUCGAGCUGACUUCGAACAACACGCUGUUGGCCAUCCCGAUCCCUACGGGCGCCAAGGCGGUUUCGGACCUCGUCACCGACUUUGUCUCGGUCAACACCAACUUUACGGGAGAAUACCUUGUUGGCAGCAACGAGACGACCGGGUCUUAUGACAUCUGGAUGCAAUACUGCGAGCCCGCUGGCGGUGCUACCAAGAACGCCACGCUCGAGCUGAUUCACGGUAUCAACUUUGACCACUCCUACUGGUCCUUCAACACGUCCUCCAACGGGACCGAGUACAACUUCAUUCAAGCCGCUGCCAAUGCAGGGUACGCUACGCUUGCCUACGACCGUCUCGGAGUCGCCCAGUCGUCCAAACCCAAUGGAAUCAACGUCACCCAGACCGCGACCGAAGUCGCCAUCGCCAACGCCGUUGCAGAGGCCCUGAGGAAUGGGACUCUCGUCCCCGGCAACUCGGUUCAACCGGCCGAACAGGUCGUUGCCAUUGGACACUCUUACGGCUCGGCUCAAUCACACGGGCUCGCCACCAUGCACCCCGACGCCGUCGACGCUGUGGUCCUCACUGGAUUCUCGACCAACGGCCAGGGUGUACCUUUGUUCCUCUCCGCUUCGACCUACUCUCCUGCUAGCGAGGUCAAUGCGACCAGGUUUGGAAACUACUCGAACGAGUACUUGUUGAGCGGGACAAUCCAGGGGGAUAGGCAGUUGUUCUUUUACAACGGAGGGUACGACGAGGAGGUGUUCGUCAAGGGAGAGGCUGCCAGGCAGACCGUGACCAUCGGAGAGCUGCUCACGCUUGGAGGACCCAUCGCACCUCCUCAGGCCGCUUCCAACUUUACCGGUGACGUCCUCGUAGUUACCGGUUCUCAUGAUCUCGUCUACUGUGCCGGGGGGUGUAUCCGUAACGGUACCAACCUGCCCGCCGAGGUCCAGACAUUGUACCCCAACGCUGGAAGUUUCGAGACGUACCUUCCUGCGUACACGGGACAUGCUAUCAACUUGCACUACUCGGCCCCGGAGACGUACGCUUAUGUCUUCGAGUGGCUGUCUCAGCAUGGAUUGUAGACGAUCCGACCCAUUUCUAAGGUAGACAAGCCGUAACGGCACACAUGAGAAAUUAACCCGAUCAUAAUUACCUGAAACGCAAUCUUGUAAACAAUGCACAUCAGCGCGAUUAACCCCUAUUCU